CCGUCGGUAUAUUUCAUCGAUAAAUCCGGUCACACUAUCAAGCCGGCAAAGCCGCCAAAUUUUCCGCAUUUUACUCAAACAUCUGAAUUUUCAUGAAAUAAAACAACACACAACAUACAAUACAGCAUGAAUUACUCCCGGAGCAGAUGCUCCCCGAUGGUAGAGAAGAGUCUGGAUCUGCGUCUCCGCGGCGCCCAGGCCAAGACAUACCUCAAAUGGUGCACUUUCAACGUAGCUGUGCUGUCACUGCUGCUGUUCGACUUGUCGCAGACAUGCCCCUCCAAGCGUUGGUCCUACUUCUUUAUGGCCGAGUGCGCCGUGAGCAGCGUGAUGGCCCUCAGCGCGCUGGCCUGCCUGGCCAAGUAUUUGUGGUUAUGGUUUAGCGGCGACCCGGUGCUGGGCACAGAUGUACAAAAGUGUCUGCUGGAUGGCUAUGAUGACAACUCUUUCAGAACCAUUUUCACACGAAAGGCGCAGAAGCCGCGUUGCUAUGAGGUGGACACUGACUUUAAGGAUGAUACGCCCAUCAUCAAUUGGCACUCAUCGUUCGAGAACUCCUGCUUUGGCUCUCCCACGCAACGUCGCAGUCCCAGCAUCACAAGGACCCCGCAGCAGCAUCAGCACCAGCACAACCAGAAUUCCUCGUACAACUCGACGCCCAUGAUGCAGCAGAACAGCUCCCUGAAUGUGAGCAACAUCAGCGAUGACUCGCCGUACGCGGAGGUGCGGCAGGACGACUUCCUCACCGAUGCACGCCAGCUGCCGGCGCUGAUGAAGAGUGCCCGCAGGCAGCGCAGCAUUCUGGAGACCUCCGAUGGCCCCAAUACGCCGAGCCCAAACUCCAGCAAUUCCUUCUGGAACUGCUGCAACCAACAGUUGAGCCGACUGAAGACCAUCUAUCAGCUGGCGCCCACGCCACCGGUGACCACGGAGAAUGCGCCUACGUCCAUUGAGGAGCUGAGUUCGUUUCAGUUCAAGGACAGCAAUUCGGAGGUCAUCAAUCGCAUCUCCACGCACAAACUCUCGCAAUAUGUGGCGAAUCUGAGAAAUUGGCUGUCCACCACCAUACUCCAGCGCCUGGUCACAGAGAUCAACCAUGUGGAUGAGAUGUUUCGGCAGCGUGGCCUCAACGACUUGAAGAUCGGCGCCGUCAGCCUGGAGCGUCUGCGCAAGACGGCGGACAAUCAGCAAUUUGUGCAGACCUGUGCGCCCAUUCUGCCCAUGCUGCUGCCCUUUCUGGAUGGCUUCAGCAAUCAGGAAUAUCUGGUGCAACGCAUCAAGGAGCUGUCGCAGGGCUCCUGCCUGGCAGACUUUCGCUGGAACUCGGGCAAUGCGCACAACGGGCAGGAAUGGGGCGAGCACUUGCCCACCGAUGCAGCUAUUAUUUUCCACUUGUUUUGCGUGUACUUGGACAGCCAACUGAUGCCCAUGCCACAGGGCGGCGGUCGGCCCUUCCACUGCCGCUAUGUGCUGCUGCGCGACGAGAAACGCUCCACCAAGGACAUUGUGAACGCGGUGCACAACAAGGCGCACUGUGCCAUCCUGUGCAGCGGCAGCCCGCUCAAUCCCAAGUUCAAUUUCAUCAGCGACAAGGAGCUGCACAGCUGCGUCUACGACAGAAACAACCUGUUCUACGUCAUCAUACAGUUCCUCAUUUACAUGCGCCAGCAGCAGGAAUCGGCUCUCGAGGGCGUCAAUCUGGGCAAGAGCGGCAUCAAUAUUAUGUGUGUCAUAGAGAAGUGAAGGACUCCAUUUGACUACUAGACUUCCCUCCUGGCACUGCUCAUAUUUUGUUACUAUUAAAUUAUGCAUUUUGUAAUUAUUAA